GCAGACAACCAACAGUACUUCCUACAGCUGCGUACAACUCGAGUUUUUUCCCCUUGUCUCUCCUGCGUGUAGUGUUUACACGGAGUCCUGCUGAGCUCAGAGGACGCGUCCCAUCAUCACAGCGCUGCAGUUUACAUCCACACGCGGACCCACAUAGAUGGACCCACAUCAUCUGAGGACUUCAGAGUGAUAUUACUGGUGUGCUUGUGUGUUUCUUUUUGUAAAAUGAGCGGAGGGGAAAUCAUCUGUCAGGGAUGGUUGAGAAAGUCGCCACCCGAGAAGAAGCUGCGGAGAUAUGCGUGGAAGAAGCGGUGGUUUAUCCUGCGUAGCGGGCGCAUGAGCGGAGACCCGGAUGUACUUGAGUACUACAAGAAUGACCAUGCCAAAAAGCCCAUUCGCAUCAUCGACCUGCACUGCUGCGAGCAGGUGGACGCCGGCCUCACCUUCAAACGCAAAGAGUUCCAGGACAGCUUUGUGUUCGACAUCAAGACAGCUGAGAGAACCUUCUACAUGGUGGCAGAAACGGAGGAGGAGAUGAACCGUUGGGUGCGCUCCAUCUGCCAGCUGUGUGGAUUCAACCAGUCAGAGGACAACCAUCACGAUGACAGAUUGUCAACCACCCACAUUUCCCGAUCCUUGGCUAAUGAUCUGGGUGGCUCUCUGGCCCCGCUGAUUGGUGAACGUAAAAUGUCUGUUCCUGCCCACUCCAGCCAGCCAAUGCUGUUCACAUUCGACAUACCUGUACGUCACUCCCAUAGUUCUCUGUCUAAUAGUGCUCCUCAAGACUACCUCUUCCUCCAUCAGUGCAUGAGCCGCAAGAGUGAGAGUGCACGGAGUGCCAGUUUCUCACAGGCCUCGCGCAGCAGUCUUCUGGUGGGCAGUGACUCAGCAGUUCAGAGACUCACUCAUGGUUUCUCUCAUUGUCUGAACGGCAUGGGCGCCCAGCUUCACGGUUUCUACAGCCUUCCCAAACCAAGCAAGCAUCAGCAGCCCCCUUCAUGGACUGACUCGCGUGAUGCUUGCUAUGUUCUGCCCAGAGGUUACAGCUCAGAAGAGGCGUCAGAGCUUGAAUCAGAUGAUGUCUACACCUAUAAAACCCCCAAUAACACUCUAGCAGCACCCCAAACCAUUGAGCAGCGGGCCCUUGAUAACUAUGAUUUACCCAGCAUUCCUGGCUCCGUCUACCAGAUCCCCCGCACGUUUGAUAAAAACCACAAUGCCCUGAUGCCAUCCAGUGCCGACUCCACAAAUUUGCCUCCUCCCAGACCUCCCAAACCCAGUCAAAAUGGAGAGGCCGCCACAGUGUCCGUCAUCCCCAGGAGGAACACACUGCCGGCGGUGGAGAACAUCAAGCUUCACAGAGGAUCAUCUUUUGAGACCAGCAGUCACCAAAAGCCAGUCUUUUUCAACAAUUCUGGUCAGUCAGUGGAGUCUGUAAAUGAUGGCUUCAGCUCAUACCUGAGAACUAAAGCCCCAUUGACCCGCUCCGAUAGUGCCGGCUCUGAGGAUAACUACGUACCCAUGAAUCCCGGCUCAUCCUCCUCCCCUCUCAGUGCCGCCCUGGCUGACAGUCCUAAAAGUAAUUAUAUUCCCAUGAGCCCAGGUCCUCACCAUUUUGAUUUCCCAGGAUUUUCAGCAACGUUGCCAGCCAGGAAGGGCAGUACAGCAUCACUAUGUCUCCGGCCCGGCCGACUCAGUGACGUCACGCCGCCACCAAUCAACCGCAACCUUAAACCUAACCGGACAUCAAAACCAACACCUCUUGAUUUAAGGAACAAUGGAAUUAUUGAUGAACUUCCCUUCAAGAGCCCCAUCACCAUGUCUUGGAUCAGACCAACGCCUUUGAACUCCAUCUCGUUACAGACCUGUCGGCCCAUUUCAACCCAGAGCAUCACCAGCACUGAUUCUGCAGACAGUGAGGAGAAUUAUGUGGCAAUGCAAAACCCAGUGUCUACCUCCCCAGCGAUGAGUGGCACCAACAGUCCUGCGCCCAGGAAUUGUGGUAAUGUGGACUAUUUGGCCCUGGACUUUCAGCCUGGCUCUCCUGGUCCACACAGAAAGCCGUCCACCUCUUCAGUGACCUCAGAUGAAAAAGUGGACUAUGUCCAAGUGGACAAAGAGAAGACACAAGCCCUUCAAAACACCAUGCAGGAGUGGACAGAUGUGCGACAGUCAAGCGAACCGGCUAAAGGCAUCAAGUCCUGAUGAUUUUCAAAUGUUCACAUUGAAUGUGUUCCACCCUGUCACUCAAAAUGCUCUUAUACUGUUACACCAUGAUAUAAACAGAUUUUCCUCUGACAAAAUAGCGAAUGAUACACCAACUAAAGCCAUAGAUCCAGUUUAUUUGGUCUUUUGAGGACAAAAAAACUCCACUAAACCUCCUAGACUGUCUUGCCAUGCAUGUUAGACAUGUUUAACUUUAAAGUGCACUGAAACCAAAAUUUAGCUACUUGCUCUCUCUGAGUGUGAGUGAAGAACCAUAAGCAGUGAAUAUGUAAAUCUAGUUAUAGGUGAUGUGUGCAAUUUUUACAAUGUUAAAAUACUUUCGUCACAUCUUAAAAUUCAGAGAAAGCUAGAAAUCUAUUUGAUUUCUUUCGUUUGAUUCACCCAGAAAAGUGUAAACACUGUGACUCUAUCGAAACAUAGCCGUUUGAUUUGCAUCCUGAACAGCCUGACAAAGCAACACUGGCUCAACCAAUCCCGUUACUUUCGGACAGGACUGUCUGACCAAUCGCAUAAAUGGGGAUUGUUCAGGAAACCUGUUUGAAACUCAGAAAUUGUAUAUCCCUUUAUCUGUUUAGUGGCAAUAGUUGAACAGGAUUACACACCUCACCUUUAACAGUAUUAUAAGGGUAGAAAAGCACUUCAAACAGAAGUUUUUCUGAAUUCAUGGUGGUCUGCCUGCCAAAUUGAAUUGCAGUUUGUCCUGUAUUUCACCGUAAGAGAGAAGGUCCCUUUUUUUUUUUUUUUUUUAAUUUUGAGUUAAGGAAUGUAGAAAAAGUUUUUAAAAAAAAAGGUCCUUGUAGUUUUUACAUUAAAAAUUCGACUGUUUUCACACUUGGUCUGACAGUUGAUCAUAUGAAUAUCGCAUUAUAUGUGAAUGCAAACCCAGCUCUUUUUAAAGUUUACCAAACUCAGAAAACUGCUCUGUGUAUGUGUAUGGAUGUUUAUAUGAUGCAUUGUAAAUGCAAAGCUCACACACAACCACAAAAGUCCAAUUUUGAUUU